AUGUCCAUGGCAGCGAAGAUACCCGUUGGCGACGCACCGGGCUGGGAGGAAGACGGUGAUAGCGAAAAUGAGUUGAACGAUAUCCUUGAAAGUUCAGCAAUAUACCAUUCCCUGCGGCAAUCCAGAAAUGCAUGGCUCACGACUGUGUUCCCAAAGUUUACCUCAAAAUCGAAAGCGAAAGGCCAGAAGGACGUUGUGCAACCUCCUCAUAACCUACGAUUUGUCGCGAAAUGUGACAUAGAGAUUGGUCCGCAUGUCUUUCCGGAAACGUCUGUAUACGAGGUCCACUACCUACCGGAGCCGUCACCCUAUACUACAGGGACUUUCCCGACAUACCAACAGACAACAACUUACUCUUACCCGAUGACGGGCUACAACCCUUACGUCGGACCCAGCACCCAGGCCUCGUCGUCUGCAUCCGUUCCCUCCGAUCUACCCCCGCCUCUGCCCGAGCCUUCGCUAGAUGUAACGCCGGCUCUUAUUGCUCAAGUGAACGAAGCAGCUGCUACGAACCCCACCUUGCACAAUCUCUUGCAGAUAGCUGCCGCAGGAGAAGCAAGCAUGGACCAGCUCAGGACGCUUGGUUUCUUCAUCCAGUCCCUUGCCGCAGCCCAGCAACAGGCUCCCGUACUGAUGCCCCCGACGACUAACUUUUUGGGAAAUCAACCAGCCACUCCGACAUCUGCUUUCGCGCAAGCCUCUCAGUACUCACCUCCACACACAGCGCCAAAGAAAUCUGCUCUCGUCCUUGAGUUUCGCGAAAACCAUACCGAGCGUUUCAUCGUUCCUCGCGAAAUAAUUGCAUGCGAGCAAGAGAUUCCUAAUACAGAGACGUUCCGGAAGGACAUCGUAUUCUACACCUUUGUUCCUUUCUUAAACGACGAAGCCAAGUUUAAGGCGUUCCUGGCUUCAAACAAAGCCGACGGAACACCUUCGGUCAUACGUUUCCUAGGUGUUUCAGAUGCGCUUUGGGAGUCUAUUCGAAAUUGGGUGAACGAAGAGGCGAAACGAUCGGAUGCAUGGGAGUCUUUCUAUGAUAAAACGGAGGUUUCUGAUCCGAGGACGUACUUACAGUAUCGUAUACCGAAUGGUGAAUUGCUGUCUCAAUUGAAAGCGGCAUGUAGUAACGGCUAUACAAUGAAGUCGAUUAAACCAAGCACAGCGUCAGAGACCGCGAGCAGUAAACGCAAUCGUUCGCGUAGAGCUCAAUCACAAGCUGCAAAACUUGCGAAGGCUUCUCUCGAAAUGGACAGCACUGGUAGCGACGCACGGAUGACACCUGCAACAGGCACGGAAGAUCCAUCUACCAUGCAGGAGACUUCGUCCAAGCGGCGGCGAACAGUAUCAAAGGCAACGCCCAAGCCAGCCCCUCCUGCGAUGGGCGGAUUGUACUUUAUUAAUACAACUGUCCCUCCACUUCCUCCUCCACCGCUCCCGCCUUCCGAGGCUCCAUCUGCAUCUUUGCCGCAAGCUGCAACACCGCAACCACCCCCAGAACAAGCUGGUGACAAUCCUUGA